AGGAAUCAGAGAAUGAACAGCGAUAAAUAUGAUAUCAAAAAGCAGUUCUCUUGGACUAGGAAGUACAACUACGGACCAUGGUCAAAUUCUGAGCAUUCUCAGUUGGUUCUCUGCCUAAAGAUUCAUGGGCUCAACUGGAUAAUGCUCAAGAAAAUGAUCCCUACAAGAGCUAGACAGCAGAUAGAGACACAUCUGAAAGGCUAUCUCAAGCAAAUUAAGAAACAUUACAAAGUGGAAGAUCCCCUACAGUAUAUUAGAACCAGUUCACCUCCAAAUCUCCCCUCUGAUUCUGCCCUACAGUCCUUCUGCGACUCUAGCCCAGCCAAGCACGGGCUUAGCCGUAGUAGAGACAGUGGCUUGUACAAGUUCUCACAAGGCUCACAAAAAGGAGGGAGACCAGGUAAAAGAAAGGAAACUCAAGUGAAACUUUUGAGAAGAAGAGAAGCCAAGUUUUAUGAGAAGUUUGAAGAGAGUGAAGAGUGAGGAAGAGAGAGGCUGAGUGGGAGGGGAAUGAGUGAAGGAAGGGAUUUUAGGUGUAAUAUACAUGGUAUUUCGGAGCAAAGUUGUAAGGAGACUUGUGAAGGUAAUAGUAUCUUUGUGAUGGGAGGGAAGAAUGUUGUUAUUCAAGCGUCGCAGAUUCUGACUACAACUCCUUGAAAAAUUCUAAAGAGUGCUUCUGGAAAGGUUGUGGUUGUUCCGAAAGGAGUCUUGAAUAUAGAAAUUCAACCAAUUCUUUCAGAUAAUCCUUCAAGAUCAAUACAAAGUCCAAAAUCUCAGCCAAAUGAUUCCCAACUCUUAAGUCAAGCCCCAAAAGCUACUAGGUUUGACUCCUCUUUGUCUCCAGUCGGUUGAGAGAGUAUGUUGGAUUUCACAGUGGAAUUUCUCUCUCAAUUCUAUUGCUUUGAUGAUUGUAUAAGUUGUUAAUUUAUGGUAAAUAAGUUCAUUAUU